CCCCGGCUCUCCUCGUCCCCAGGCUCCAUCCCCGGCUCUCCCCAUCCCCGGGCUCCAUCCCCCGGUUCUCCCCAUUCCCGGGCUCCAUCCCAGAGCUCUCCCCGUCCCCGGGCUCCAUCCCCCGGCUCUCCCCAUCCCCGGGCUGUCCCCCCCGCCGCUCCAUCCUUGCCUGGCUCCGGGAAGCUCCCGGGGCCUCGCCGGCUGCCUCCAAGGGUGGCGGGCUGCCAGACCCAGCUGCGGCGUCUAGAACACAUAUGAGUGCAUAUACAGAGAGGGAUGUCUAUGAAAGCGUACUUAGGCUGAGCUAUAAUGAGAAACGAGCCCGUUCCUGCGUGCAGAGGGAAUAUUCUCUGUGCAGGCUCGCGAUGCUGCUGCGCUGGCUGUGACAGACCCCGGCGGGCUACGGAGGUGCCCGACCUGCCCGAAAGAAGAGACUGGCCCGGUGGUGCCUGGGCUCUGCACCAAGCUGCUCCCCCGCAAGAACAGACCAUGCCCAGGCCCUGCCGGGGCUCCCGUGGCAGCACCUUGGAUCCCAAGGAGGGAUGCGCUACAGAGAAAUCAGUGCUUGCCCAACCAACAUUUGUUUUUGAAAAGAAGGACCGUUCUUUGAAGCGACCUGCAGAAGACCCAGUUUGCAAAGCUGAGAAUGAUUUCAUUAGUUGUUCCAGAAAACGUGCAAGAUCAUCAUCUUUGACUUUCCAGAAGUCUGACUCUCAGUCUAGCACUGAUACAGCUCUCACACAGAAAAGAGGGAGAUCAUCUUCAUUUAACAUCCUUCCUACUUUCCCUCCCUCACAGACAGUAAAGAAUAACAUAUUCAUGACCUCAGCUCUUCUUCAAAGAAAUCCUCAAAUCAUCAAAAGCACAAGAGAAGGAUCCUUGUCACCAAGUCAAUUGUGGAAUGUCAUUAGACCUGCCACUUUACAGCCCCCACAAGCCCUGACCUGUCCUGAAAUUCCUGUAGUAUCUCUAGUGACUAAGAAAGAAGCAUGUGUUCAGCCAUCUGAAGACAGCUCUUACUCAUCAGCUGAGAAUUCAGUAAAUUCCAAAGCAUCAGUGGAGUCAUCUAUUACCAUGAGUCUUUCUGGCUCUCAAAAAACACAAAGUCAGUUGCUCAAAGAAAGAAGUGUACAAAACAGCAGCAAUUCUGAUUUUGUGUUUGGGGAAAACAUGGUUGAAAGAGUUUUGGUCAGAUCUGCAUAUGCUGGCAGACUUUUUAUCAAGAGUCCUGAGAGGCAUCCCAAGUUGUGUAAUGAAGCUGAUUUACACAAAGGAGAAAUAACAUCCAUGUCCACUGAAUCUUCUCGUAUCAGGCCACAAACAAAAAGAGCUUUGUUGAGGAAUGCAACACUAAUUGAAUCAGCAGCUGCUUAUAUUUCCAAGCCAGUGGAGAAAAUCCUGUUAGAUAAAGUUGAAGUUAUAACUGGAGAAGAAGCAGAACACAAUGUAUUGCAGAUUAACUGCAAGCUCUUUGUAUUUAAUAAGCUUUCUUUAACGUGGACUGAAAGAGGCAGGGGAUCCCUGAGGCUUAAUGACACUUCUAGCAAUAAGCAUGGAAUGUUGCAGUCAAGGCUAAUUAUGCGAAAUCAAGGUAGUUUGAGACUGAUUCUCAACACCCAACUCUGGGAACAAAUGGUUAUAAAAAGAGCAAACAGAAAGAGCCUGUGCUUCACUGCCACAGAUCAAGAGGAUCAUUCUGUUCAAGUAUUUCUAAUUCAGGCAAGCUCAAAAGACACUGAACACCUCUAUGCAGCAAUACAUCAUCGCCUUGUGGCUUUGCGCAGCUUUGCUGAGCAAGAGCCAGAUGCUCACCAAGGAGACACAGAGUCAGAAAAAGCUUUUCAGCCAUUAAACUGUGACAGUGAUGAUGAUGAUGAUGAUGAAGAACUAACACAAGUGAGCAGCACUGGAUCUGAUCAUUCUGGAUGGAGCCGCAGGCGGUCUGUUGUCUGCUCAUGAUAUCUGCCAGAGGUUACAGCAGCUCAGUUAGGAACUCAACUUCCCAAAAUGUCUAAGCUGACUCAUCAACCCCUGGAGGAAGGAAAACAGAUGCAUAUUACUUUAUGAUUUUUAAGUAGAGAUCAAUUGUAGAGACAAGUUUAAUUUGUUGAGAAAGAACUUCAGAUGCACUGUUGAGAAUUCCAGGCAGUCUGCUUUCCACUGAGCUAUGAAUAACACCAUGGCUUCCAAUAGUCACAAACGGCUACAAAGACUUUCAAUUCCAGAAUUAAAUAUAUUUAGAUACAUUAUUAGAGUAAGGAGUUUUAUAGGGAAUAUGUACUUGUUCAUCAUAUUGAUGGAUAAUACCACAUAAGCAUGAACUAAUAAUAUAUGUGAACAGAUAUUUGUUACUUUUAACCUGUUAUUUAAAAGAUACGCUUGGAAAGCUUUAAACUAGGUGUCACUGAAAACAUUUAUUUAAAAUUGUGUGAUAACAAUUAAGCAUCCUAUUUGUAAGUACAUACGAACAAAACCUGGGAUGGCAGUUUAGCAUUAUCAAGGCUUAUAGAAACCAGCCUUCAUAUAAGUGAUUUUAUUUAUUGUUUAUUUUGAAAAUUCCUGAAGUGGUAUAAUGGCUGUAGAACUUUGUUUGAGAGAAAAGAAUCAUGAUCUGCAUCUUCCAGUUCUAUGCAUCAAAAGAAUUCACCAUGAAGAAGUAAAAGCCUGUUCUAAGGGCCAUA